AUGACUAUAAACAAGGAGAUUUUUACAUCCAGCGGGGUCCUUGCUUCAUCUAUAAGCGACCAGAACCUUAUUUAUUUACUACUGAAUUUAAAGGUUCCCAGAGCAAAAUCUUCUUAUGUGUCUAUUACGAGCUACAAAAACUUUAACCCUACGAAAUUCCUUGAGGAUCUUCAGUUCGCUUUUUUUCAUAUUAUGGUAAACUUCUUUCAUGAUAUUAGUGAUCAAGUCAGACGUGUACAACACCCUGUUUCUUGGUAUCCUCAACGAAAAUGCACCGAUUAAGAGAAUUAAAAUAAAAGCGAAGCCAAACCCGUCCGUUUAAUACGCCAGAUAUCUUACAACUGAUGAAAACACGUUAUGAUUGGUACAAGAGUGCGAUAAAAACAAACGACAAACUUCACUGGAAUGCCUAUACAUUUUUCAGACAGGAAGUGAAGCGUGAAGUCCGUUUGGCUGAAAGGACUUACAUGAGAUCGCAGAUUAUAAAUAGCAAAGGUAACACAAACUCCAUAUGGAAGGUGAUUAAUCGAUGUUUGCCAAAAAAUCUCCCAAUUUACCGCAGUUUAAUGAUAGUCAUGAGAACGUUGCCAACAGUUUCAAUAAGUAUUUCGGUUGGAAGUUUAACAGCUCUUAAAGCCAAUCAGUUAGCCAAGGACCAAAAUUGGACUUUGGAUUCAAACGUCUAUCCAACCCCUAACAUUCCUGCGCUGAGCUGA